AUCCACUCAACCGAACAAGAGGGGGAGGGCAAUCAGCCCUGACGGACAGCUGCCUCUACCAAUCACUGACAGCUGCCUCCCUGAACUGACAAGCUUCGGCCAAUGGCAUGAAGCCGGAGGCGGGGCUGAUGCGGGUCGGGUUUGGUUGCAAAGAGCAGCAUAACACGGCAGCUGCUGGUGGAGCGGAGCUGCGGUCUGGAGCGGGGCCGAAGGGAGAAGAGGCCGGGACGUAGCUUGUUGUGGGGGGCUUGGAGAACGGGGUGAAGAACAUUACAAGAAAGAGCAAUGUCUAUGGCCAACGAUGAGGACAUCCCUCAGGUGGAGAGGAAGACGGUCACCGAUUUCUGCUACUUACUGGAUAAGUCUAAGCAGCUCUUCAAUGGCCUGAGGGAUUUACCCCAGUAUGGACAGAAACAGUGGCAGUCAUACUUCGGAAGGACGUUUGAUGUCUAUACCAAGCUUUGGAAGUUCCAGCAACAGCACAGGCAAGUGCUUGACAAUCGGUAUGGCCUCAAGCGUUGGCAGAUUGGAGAGAUUGCCUCCAAGAUUGGCCAGUUGUAUUACCACUAUUAUCUCCGUACGUCAGAGACGAGUUACCUUAAUGAAGCCUUUUCUUUCUACUCUGCCAUUAGACAGCGUUCUUACUAUUCCCAGGUCACCAAGGAGGACAGGCCUGAGCUGGUUGUGAAGAAGCUGCGGUACUAUGCUCGCUUCAUAGUCGUCUGCCUCUUGCUUAAUAAAAUGGAUGUUGUUAAAGACCUAGUCAAGGAGCUGUCGGAUGAAAUUGAAGACUAUACACAUCGCUUCAAUACAGAAGAUCAAUUGGAGUGGAAUCUUGUACUUCAAGAAGUAGCUGCUUUCAUUGAGGCAGACCCUGUGAUGGUUUUAAAUGAUGACAACACCAUUGUAAUAAUAUCGAAUCGGCUGGCGGAGGGUGCAGGACCCAUAUUGGAGCAGGGCAUGGUUGUGGGACAGUUGACGCUAGCUGAUGCGCUCAUCAUCGGCAACUGCAAUAAUCAGGUGAAGUUCAGUGAGCUGACAAUAGACAUGUUCCGAAUGCUACAAGCUCUGGAGAGAGAACCGAUGAAUCUGACCUCCCAAAUGAAUAAGCCAGGAUUGCAGGAUCCUGCUGAGAAGCCUACAAAACGAGAGAACCCUCAUAAAUAUCUUCUCUAUAAGCCAACCUUCAGUCAGCUAUAUACCUUCCUUGCAGCAUCUUUCAAGGAGCUGCCUGCAAACAGUGCCCUACUGAUUUACCUGUCUGCCACCGGAGUCUUCCCAACAGGUCGCUCUGACUAUGAAGGUCCUUAUGAUUUUGGAGGGGUCCUAACCAACAGUAAUCGAGAUGUGGUCAAUGGUGACGCUUUACACAAGAGGAAUCAGACUUACAAAGAAAUGCACUGCCUUCAUCCCGGGGAUCUUUACCCUUUCACCAGGAAACCCUUAUUUAUUAUUGUGGAUUCAUCUAACAGUGUGGCGUACAAGAAUUUCACCAACCUGUUUGGACAGCCUUUGGUUUGCCUGCUUUCUCCAACAGCAUAUCCGAAGGCUUUUCAAGAUCACUCUCAACGUGGAAGCCUCUUCACCCUCUUUUUAAAUAAUCCUCUUAUGGCAUUUCUGUUCAUCUCUGGCCUGUCCAGCAUGCGUAAAGGGCUUUGGGACAAAUGUCAAGACCAUCUUAAAAAAAUCAAUAGGGAUAUUGCACAGCUCUUGACACACUCCCGAUCCAUAGACCAAGCUUUCCUUCAGUUUUUCGGGGAUGAAUUCUUGCGUUUACUUCUUACAAGGUUCAUAUUUUGUUCUGCAACUCUUAGAAUGCACAAAAGUUUUAAGGAGACUAGAAAUUACCCAGAAACCUAUCCUACUCUUCCCCGAGAUGAGUUGGUGGAAAACCUUCACUUGCAGAAACAGAUUUUGGAGUUGGCCUCAAUACUAGAUGUGAGGAACCUAUUUCUGGAGAACACCAUGGAUGAAUAUUAAAAAAAAAGCACCAGUUUUAAAUGAACACUUGUGGCUUUAAGGUCACAGAACCUAGAAGGUGCAUAUUUUCUAAGGCAAAUCACUUCUCUAGAGUACUUUUUAGUUUCUAAAUCCCAAGCUUUGAUUUUAAAUCAAGCAUCUCCCUGAGAAAGGUACAGAGGAGCCAUUGUGACUGCGCUGUCUUGCCCCUUUUACCCAGUACGAUCAGUAGUGUGGUGUUUUUUUUGCUUGCAGGUAAUUGCCUCUAGCUUUCCUGCGCAUGCUGUUUUAGGUGUUCUGUCCCGGAAUGACGAAACUUCCCCCUUCCCACAGCAUGAAGAAUUUACUUUUGUGGAGACAGGAGAACCAAAAGAAGCGUUCAGACAGCCCAGUCCACAGUUCAUCCGUGUGGUUUUUAACAACUCCAUAAAUGUGACUAAAUACCGCACAAAAGAAAGAAGAUCCUGCCUUCCACAUACAAAGGCCGACCUUGGCGUACUCAACCUUUUUGUAUUUUCAUAUUGUUGAACUGUUCAGAUAUGGUACUUUCCAACUCUUGCAUUAGUUGUGGUUGUAUAUGAAGGAAUUGGGGACAGGCACAGUAGUAGUAGUAAUAAUUUUUAUUUUAAUUUCUCGCAUUCAUACCACAUCCUGUAUCCAACCCAGUUUGUGCCAAAGAUACACAACUUCGAGUAUAUUGAUAGCCUUGUGGGAUCUGUGCACUUAAGGGGUCUGAUUUGGACAUAGAAGUCGUAGAACUUUUACAUAGAAACCUGUAUGAUUUGUAACAUAUGUCUGUCACAGGGUCAGCAUUGCAUAGUAGUGCCUUAUGUGUUCGGAUUUUUUGUUGAUUUUUACCAUAACUGAUAUUAUCCUUGCUUUUCUUGACUAUUGUACAUGACAAUCUUUUUACAACGUUUUAUUUUUUUUCUCCUUUUUUUAUUUGUACAGAACCAAUUUCUGAUAUACAGUCUGCUUAAUAGGCAGAUGUCAGCUUCUACUAUUUAUUCUACUAUUACUUAUACUGCAGAAGGAAAAACCUCUGGUUUUAGCAACCAAGAAUUCAGUGGCAUAAAAUGAAUCUGUAAUAACAAUUUGUGGUAGAACCUGGUUACCAGUUAGUAGUAAAUGUGGGGACCACAAAACAUGUCUCUCCGACAUGAACAAAAAUAUGUUACGUCACUCAGAGAGCACUUUAUAAAUGCAGGUAUGGGGCCUGCACUCUGUAUGACAACCUUUCAUAGCCUGAGAAGGUUAGGCCUGGCCAAAUAGGACUCUUCUCCUGGGCUGAUACUGAGGCAAAAGGUUCUCUAAGCGUAUGAUCUCUAAGUCUGUGAAAUGCAGUUCCCUGCGUUCCUUGUUACUGUGGGGUUUGUACAUUAGGAUCCGCAAAUUUUGUUAGCUUUAGCUUGACGUUUCCAGUGCUUAUCUGUGUAUGGGGAUAGUUAGGGGAUUGGCUAAUCUUGCAACUGAAGUACAAAGCUAGUUCAUUUCUUUAGCUAAAACAAUAGUUAAAGGGGUACUCAGCAUUUGGAACACAGCAGGGAGCUCGUGACUUCAUAGCCCUGCCACGCAUGAUGUCAUGCCCCGCCCCCUCAAUGCAAGUCUAUGGGUAGGGGCGUAGCCCCUACCCAUAGACUUGUAUUGAGGUGGCGGGGCGUGACGUCACGAGGAUGCGGGGCUAUGACAUCACAAACUCCCGUCUCCAGCAUUCGGAACAGUGUGCUCCAAAUGCUGAGCAGAGGAGUACCCCUUUAAAGGGGUUAUCCAGGUUUAUUAAAAAAAAUCAUAAUAAUAAUACUAAUAAUAAAGUCUUAGACACAUUAAAACAACAAACCGACAUUUAAUGACCUUUCAGUUCCAGUGCUGAUUCCCCAUUCAGGCAGUGGUCAGCACCCUGUUCUUCCUCUUAGGAGAAGACAUCAUGUGACUUGACGCAAUAAUCAGGGUUCACAUGCUGUACUCCUGGAAUCUCUGCUGCCACUACUGAGCGAAGAGGCCAAGAGUACGGCACCUGACUGCUGAUUGGCUGCAGUGGUUAUGUGACGUCCGCUCCCAUAGAGAGGCCAGGGUGACAAAUGGAACCAACCUCAGGAUCUGAGAGAUGAGCCAUAGCCCCGCCUCCUCGUGACGUCACGCCCCGCCCCACUCAGUGCAAGUCUAUGGGUAGGGGCGUGACAGUAGUCACGCCCCUACCCAUAGACUUGCAUUGAGGGGGCGGGGCGUGACGUCAUGAGUAGCAGGGCUAUGAAGUCACAAGCUCCCUGCGCUGGCUCCAGCGUUCGGAACAGUGUGUUCCAAAUGUUGGUUUAUUUCAAUGCUUUUUGGGCCCAUAUGAAACUUUUUACAAAUCCUGGAUAACUCACUUAGAUGGAUUACAGCCUGUAAUGUGUAUGGAAGGUAUUCAUCAAUAUGCACUAUUAUUUAAUGUAUUACCAGUAUUUCAUCAGUGAUUAGCAUUCAGUCAAUAGCUCUGAAUAACGCAGCUCUUACCUAGCAGGAAUUUAUUCUGAAUGUAACCAAAUGUUUUCUUAUUGGCCUCUGAGCUGAGGGAACACAAUCCGUAAUCCCAACUGAGCAUGUUUUCGAGUUCAGCAAAAUGUGAUUUAAAAAGCUGCGGCUUUGUCACAAAAUAGAUAAUUCACAAAAUCUUAAUUUCUUUCUCCUCGGUAGGCUGUAAACUUUUCUCAUGUUUGCUGUAUUUAAUUACUAAAGUUGGCUCUACACUUUUUCUUACAAGAUGUAGAGGGAAUAUAAUGUGUAUAGAGACCUCCCAACUGUCCUCGGCACCAAUUGUAGGGAGCAGAAAGAGGAUCGGACCUGCUUCGUUUUCACAUGUCCAAUUGUAAGCUGUCCAUAGAUUUCACUUUGUCAGAAGACUUUGCCAUGAAAUAAAGUUUCCCAUGGAAAUUGCACUUAUUGUAAGAAAUAUUGCAGUAGCCCUUAUUUAUUUAUUUUUUUCUUAACCACAAUGAUGCACAUGUAAGUCAUGGAAUGGCUUUAACCCCUUAACGACGCAGGACGUAAAUGUACGUCCUGGUGAUGUGGUACUUAACGCACCAGGACGUACAUUUACAUCCUGAGCAUAACCGCGGGCAUCGGAGCGAUGCCGGCAUCAUGCGCGGCAGGUCCCGGCUGUGGAUCGCAGCCAGGGACCUGCCGGUAAUGGCGGACACCCGCGAUCCGGCAGAUGUCCGCCAUUAACCCCUCAGAUGCCGUGAUCAAUACAGAUCACGGCAUCUGCAGCUUCGCUGUCACUUAACAGGAUGAUCGGAUCGCCCGCAGCGCUGCCGCGGCGAUCCGAUCAUCCUGCACGGCAGACGGAGGUCCCCUCACCUGGCUCCGCUGCCUUCCGGGAGUCUUCUGCUCUGAUCUGCCUUCCCGCAGACCAGAGCAGAAUAUGACCGAUAACCCUGAUCAGUGCUAUAUCCUAUACAUAUCACUGAACAGGAUUGGCAAUUGAAUGGUUGCUAUAAAUUGUCCCAUUUUCCCUAUUUUACCCCCAAAAAGAGUUAAAAAAAUUAUUUUAUAUACAUAUUUGGUAUCGCCGCAUGCGUAAAUAUCCGAAUUAUUAAAAUAAAAUGUAAAUGAUCCCGUACGGUGAAUGGCGUGAACGUAAAAAAAAAAAAAAAAGUCCAAAAUAGCUGCUUUUUUUAAUAACAUUUUAUUCCAAAAAAAAUUUAUAAAAAAUGUAAUAAAAGAUUUGUAUAAGCAAAUAUGGUAUUAAUAAAAAGUACAGAUCACGGCGCAAAAAAUGAGCCCUCAUACCACCGCUUAUACGGAAAAAUGAAAAAGUUAUAGGUCUUCAAAAUAGGGGGAUUUUAAACGUACUAAUUUGGUUAAAAAGUUUGCGAUUUUUUUUUUAAGCGCAACAGUAAUAGAAAAGUGUAUAAUCAUGGGUAUCAUUUUAAUCGUAUUGACCCAGAGAAUAAAAAACACAUGUCAUUUUUAUCAUAAAUUGUACGGCGUGAAAACAAAAACUUCCAAAAUUAGCAAAAUUGCGGUUUUCUUUUUAAUUUCCCCACACAAAUAGUAUUUUUUUGGUUGCACCAUACAUUUUAUGGUAAUGUGAGUAAUGGCAUUACAACGGACAACUGGUCACGCAAAAACAAGCCCUCAUACUAGUCUGUGGAUGAAAAUAUAAGAGUUAUGAUUUUUUGAAGGGGAGGAGGAAAAAACGAAAACGUUAAAUAAAAUUGUCUUAGUCCUUAAAGGGGUAUUCCAGGAAAAAACUUUUUUAUAUAUAUCAACUGGCUCCAGAAAGUUAAACAGAUUUUUUAAUAGAAGUAAUUUACAAAUCUGUUUAACUUUCUGGAGCCAGUUGAUAUAUAUAUAUAUAAAAAAAAAGUUUUUUUCCUGGAAUACCCCUUUAAGGUCCAAAUGGGCUGAGUCCUUAAGGGGUUAAGAGGCUAUGCUAUGCCUGUAUAUCAUGUUGCUGGAGCUGACAGUGUUUGACAGCUAAGCUCCCACUGUAAUGGGCAAAAUCAAAGAAACCUAUAAGAUGCUACAGUCAAUAGCAUCUUAGGUAAUUGACUGUAGAAAGAGUGCAGAGGCAUGGCCUAAUAGAUUGCCUGUCAGUGUUACACUGACAAGUAAUAUUGCUUUAGAAAAAGGAAAAGGAAUAUAAAGGAAAAUAGAAUAUUGCUUUAGAAUAAAGUAUUCUAAAGCAUUGCCCAAGUGAUCUAAGGAUCUCAGUUUUGGCUCAGUUAUAAUGCCUACCUCCAGCCUGCUUGUGGUGUGGAAGCCAGUAGUGAUUGAGAUGAAAAAAACUGCUACAACAUGCUGUUUUACAAAGUUUGAGAAACUCCUAUAGAGGUUAAAGGGGAACUCCAGUGGAAACACAAGUGGGAAAACAAAUGUUUUCAAAUCAACUGGUGCCAGAAAAUAAAACAGAUUUGUAAAUUACUUCGAUUUUAAAAUCUGAAACCUUUCAGUACUUAUCAGCUGCUGUAUACUACAGAGAAAAUUGUGAAGUUCUUUUCAGUCUGGCAACAUUUCUCUCUGCUGACACCUCUAUCCAUGUCAGGAACUGUCCAGAUUAGAAGCAUAUCCCCAUAGAAAACCUAUCCUGCUCUGGACUGUUCCUGACACGGACAGAGGUGUCAGUAGAGAGCACUGUUGUCAGACUGGAAAGAACUUCACAAAUUUCUCAGCUGAUAAGUACUAGAAGGGUUAAGAUUUUUAAAUAGAAGUAAUUUACAAAUCUGUUUAACUUACAAAACUGUUUAACCAGUUGAUUUGAAAACACUUUCCACCGGAGUUCCCCUUUAAAGGAUAUGUAUCAUGCAGAAAAACUUAUCCUCCAUUUGUUGGUUAGGAGUUUCACAUGGUGACAACACAAAACAACUUAUAACUAAAAAAAAAUAUACAUUUUUAAUAUCACAAAUAUUUGUACUCAUGCUAUUUCAUAGAAAAAAAAAGUUAGUUAUAUUUACUGCCUGGUAUACGGUACUUUAAAUGAAAAAAGUGUUCCAAAUGUUUUUUUUUUUUUUUGUUAUGUACUUCAAAAUGGUGCCAUUGAAAAAUAAUCAGAAAAAAAUGUCCUCAUCUAUAUUAAAAAGAUGGGAAAAAAAAGUUGAGGCUUUUGUAAUACAAUGAGGAAAAACAAAGAAAAUUGCUUGGUCCUUAAGACUCAAAAUAAGCCGGACCUUAAGGGGUUAAAAUAAACUCUAGCACUUACUGUUGGCAACAAAAGAAUUUGAAAGUCAGAACGAUAGUUUUUCCACCGGAUGGAGAUGAUUUACUUUGGACCUAAUUAUUGUUGAUAAAAUUGUUGUAAAAAUUAUUGCUCAGAAUCCAAACAAUUCUACAUCUGUGAAUAUAUAUAUAUAUAUUUUUUUCUGUAUGACAGCCACAGAAGGAGGGUCCCUCUGGAUUCUCCUCCAUUAGCCAGAGUGGCUCCAUCUUGAAUAGAUGCCAUAUAAUAA